GGAAGGAGGGCCGUGGCUAGCCAUAUAUAGCUUUGCUUCUUGGGCAAUGCACGCACUUUCUUUCAGUUCUCCUCCUGUAGCAUAUGAGGUGUCUGUCUGUCCUCUGAGGAGGAAUUACCUAAAAGUCUAGAAGAGAGAAUAAAGCGUUCCUAAGAAGUCAUGGAGGUGCUGGUGCUGAUGGACUUUGAGGGCAUGAUGGGAGAUGAGAUGACGGUGCAGGUGGGAGAUGUGUUGACGAGUGUCACCAAGCCCAGCGAGGAGGGCUGGCUGGAGGGAGAACUGAGGGGCAAGAGGGGCAUCUUCCCCGCUAACUUCGUCAAGGAGGUGCCAGUGUAUUUGAUAGGUGACAGCCAGAGGGAACCAAGAAGCCUACGGAAAUCAAGGAUGAUUAAGCAAACAAGGAAGUGUGAGGUGGCCUUUGCCUACAGUCCCUUGAAUGAGGAUGAGCUGGAGCUGGUUGUCGGGGAGACCAUUGAGAUCCUCAGAGAGAUUGAAGAUGGGUGGUGGAUGGGAAUGAAAAGUGGUAAAGUGGGAGCGUUUCCAUCAAACUUCACCAAAGAGAUAUUUGUCUCUCCAAAAGAUGUUAAGCAUAACGAGAGCAAAACCAGACCCAAACUCUCAGACACAAUGUUCAGUAAAGAGACAAAGCUACCUCAGAGGACGAGUGUGAGGAACAAAUCAAGAAAUGUGAAAGAAUGUUGUCAAGUCAUGUUCGACUACGCAGCCUUGACCGAGGACGAGUUGAAUCUAAAGAAGGGAGACAUUGUUACAAUCAUCACCAAGGAAACAGAGGACGAGGGCUGGUGGGAGGGAGAGAUGAACGGACGCAGAGGUUUUUUCCCGGACAAUUUCGUCAUGGUGAUACCCACGAUAGACGGUCUCCAAUCUGGAAGCACCAGCCAACCACCUGCGCGCCGUGGCACGGAAAGACGCUCAGUCAAGGCAGAGGGUUCAGCGAUGGAGAAGAGCAGCCUUGCAAAAGCAAAAGAUGAGAAACCAGAGACUAAAGACCUGAGAAGCAACCCUCCAACCAAAGUCAAGCUCCCUGCUCCAAGUAGACCUGCACUACCACCUCCAGUGAAGCACAAGCCUCAGAAGUUCGGUUGUAGCAAAGCCAAUGGCGAUCUCCCUCCCCUUUCACCAAAAUGUAUAGAGGAGAGCAACUCGGACCAGUUUGACGGAGUGGAGGUGUCCCCUGAGAAACUGAGUCACCCCACAGCCAACAGAGCCAAACCCCCACAGAGACGACCCCCAUCUGCCCUCGUCACCGGUCCACAGGUUGCAGAAAGUCAUUCACCACCAUCCAAGCCUGAACAUCCUCCCAAGAAUCCGGUAGUCGCCGGUAAUCCGGUAAUCUCCAGGCUAGCGCUGCCCAAGGCUAUAGUGGAGGCUAGGGCAGCCCAGGAGGAGAAGCCUUGUCUUGACAGCCUACAAGCUGAGGUCAGGGCACUGAAGAUUGCUCUGGAGCUGCUGCAAAACAGACACAAACAAGACAUACAGGAACUGAAAGAGGGACUGAGAGACGAGAGAAACAAACGUGUGGCUCUGCAGGAGGAAGUACAUGGUCUUAGGACUAAACAUUCAUCCUAACUGACACCAUGACCGGGCAGUACAUCUCAGUAAGGCUCUGCUAUGUCAUUCCCUUGAACACAAACUUGAAAGGGAAUUCAAAUGUUCCUGACGUUGGAGUGCAAGAGGGGAUGGAAAGGAUGAAUAUCUGCUUCCUCUGCAGACAUACCAGCUGAGGCCACAUUAAGACCUGGAAUCAGUCCGUAUCCCUGAAGUAUCGUGGAAGAUCCCCUUUAUAGCUUGAUAAAAACAUUUGAAGGCAAUGUUCCCGCAUUUGCAUUUACGGUCAACACUGCAUUGGAAAUUACCUUUAAAGGGAUACUUUGGGAUUUUGGAAAGUCUACUUCCCCGGAUUCAGAUGAACCCGUGGAUACCAUUUUCAUGUCCCUGCGUGCAGUCAGAAGCGCAAUUUCUAACUAGCAUUGGUGCAAUGACCUGAAGUAUCUACUACCAUGUUAGUAGACACCAUAGACUUCCCGCCAUUGCUAGUUAGCAUAGGCUCGCAAAACUACCUCUAUCCUUGAGUUUAUCUGACUCUGGGGAAAUACACAAAGGUCUUCAUUGUCAAAAUCACAAAGUUUAACUUCACAUUUUAACACGGACCUUCCGCGAUACUUUUGCGAUAACGAUUGAAUCCAGCCCUAGAUUGUGGUCAGCCAUUUUGUUUGAGGGCAUUCUGGACUUGAUUGGCAAGGGACCAAUUGAAUCGACCAAAAUGCUUUGUAUACAUCGACCAAAAUACUUUGUAGCCAGGAUUCAACUCAAGGUGGGUUAUAGCGUAGUGCACAAUACAACUGACAAUGUCUCUUUUAUGGGACUUUUCCCCAACGUUUACAUGGUAAAUGCUGCAGAUGUUGGACCAAGCCUAAAUCACUUUUAAAAGUAUGUUAUAGCGCGGCGUGCUUUAACAUGCCUUGCAUUGAAUCCCGUCCUUUGGGUCGAAAAUGUGUUUUAUUUUAUAUUGAUGAUAUUGUACAUUUCAUUGAAAGAACAACAUCACCCAACGAUACAGAGGACUGGUUUUAUACAUUGAAUGUGGACUAUGUUUCUCAGUGUUUAUUUUUCUCUGAAAGCAUAUUUCUUAUUUUUUGGGGUAUGUUUGGGAAUAUUUUGAAGCAUAGUGUUUGGGGAACAUGAGUCAACUGAACAAACUACUUGUAUCUUUUGUGCGAACUGCCAUCGUAUAUAAGAGUAACUAUAAAAAUGCAUUUUUUAAAAUAUUAAAUAUUACUUGUCCAAAAUA